AUGCACGAUCAACUGUCGCGAGCUCUUUUGUUUCAGGUAAUCACUUAUCUAAAUGACAGACAAAUUGUAACAUUUGAAAAGUAUAGGUACCUAUUAUCUUAUUCUACUCAAAUUACGUUUUACGUACGUAAUUUUUAAAAGAAUAUGUUAGUUUCUACAUUUUUUAAUCACCAUUUUAAAAAUUCAACUUUUAGUCAACACUGCCACCGUUUGUAUCAGUCGGGCCAAUAUUAGUAGUAUGCAUACCGUCAUUCUUCUACGCCAGUACUGGAAGAACAGCUAUGUACUCUAUGCUGAUUGCUAGCUGGGUGCCGUCGUUUAACCCUUUGUUAACCAUGCUAGCUAUAACACCUUAUCGACAAGCAUUAACGAGAUGGUUAUCGGCCAAAACAGCACCAUCGUUAUCAACAGAAACUCUAAUUGACAAUGUUACUAGAAGUGUUAUAUAA